AUGGCCAUUAUUCCACUGGUUGACGCAAUCAGGACCGCCCUUGCACCGGUGGAUAUCCCCUUUUGCGUUGUCAACGAGGCUGCCUUGAUCUACUACAACGCUGCCAGGGUUCUCGUGACCCUUGAGAUUUGUGUUCCAGAAUGCCGCCUCGAGGCCGCGGCAUCACAGCUUGCCUCGUACGCUGACGUCUUUCGACCGCACCCAUGGCCGGGCAACUCGACUUGCAACCUAGACUACCUGAGACCUUACUCCCGCUUUGAGGCCUUCGUUCAGGGCGUGUCCCUGAACGUGGUAGUCCUGCCGGACACAUUUCACCAUCUCGACCCGCUGCGCAGCAACAUUGUCCAGAUCCAGGAUGAUGCGAGAGACAAGGUCCGGUUCAGCCGGCAGUUCAAUACUUACUCGGGGAACUUCAACGCCCUUGCAUCCAUCCCUCCGAGGAACCCAGUGGACGGAUAUCCCCAAAUCCCUUUGCCAGGCCUUCCAGUGCCCUGUCUUGACCACCUUGAUACCAGCAAACAUGAGGCGAUGCAAUUCAUAAAGGAUUGUAUAUCAACCAAGCCAUCCCGUACAUCUGAGACUCAGCCAGACGAAACCGAGGAGGAGGCGCAGGCUUUGCACCUAAUUCCGGGUUAUAAUGAUCUUAGCUGGAGCAGAGAGCAGCAUCAGAAGCAGAAGCAGCAGGCUCUGCCAAAAGAAGCUCAGAGUUCCGACCGGCCUCCAACUACAAGCUGGCUCCAGUCAGUGUUUCUCUCUCCGAAGAGGUUGUGGGUGAAGCUCACAACGGCAAUCUUCCAACAGCUGCCCUCGCAUCCAAUCUCUUUUCAAUACAUAUCCGAUCUUCAUCUGGAGGAUGGACAGCGUUACGAAACCUUUGUUGUCCCAAGAACGGCUCCUUACUUGAUUCUAGCUGGAGACAUCGGAUGUCUACUCAACUAUAAAGAAUAUGUAACCUUCCUUGCCGCCCAGUGUGCCCAGUUUGAUCAUGUCUUCCCCGUCCUGGGCAAUCACGAGUUCUACUGGAUUACUCACCAAGAUGGAAUCGAUGCUGCCAAAAGAUUGGAACUUGAGCCGCAGCUUACCGGAAAACUCACUGUUCUGAACAGAAAACGAGUUGACAUCAACAGAAGAGUGACGAUUCUAGGAUGCACACUUUGGUCUCAUGUUCCGGAAGACUCCCAGCUGUGGGUUAGGAUGAAGGUAGCAGAUUUCAGCAUAAUCAAGGAUAGGACAGUUGAGGCUCAUAACACCGAACAUUAUCGAGAUGUCGAGUGGCUACAACAGGAAAUUCAUAACAUCUCACUCGAAAAGGAGAAACGCGAUAUCAUUGUUGUUACCCACCACGCUCCCAGUUUCAUGAGGACUGCCGACCCCAGGCAUCAGUCGCAACCUUGGGCAUCUGCAUUUUGCUCAGACCUAAUUGAGUCUCAAGUUAAAUCCUGGCAAGGCUUCAAUGCCAUCCGCUGUUGGGUCUUCGGCCACACGCAUUGGAAUGCAGCAUUCAAGUACCGGGGUAUGACUAUAAACAGCAACCAGUUCAAAUAUGACCCCAAAAAGGCUCAGCAGCAGGGGUUCUUCAGCUUUUGGCGCUCUCCGCCUGGAAAGCCUUUUAACGUCGCGGAAACUGCCCAGGUGUAA